AUGUCGCCGUCGCCCCAAGACCAGGCAAUGCAACAACUGCAGUCGCAGCAAUCCAAAUUACUAGACCGAAUCGACGAGCUCCGCGCUCUGGGGAUUGGCGGCCUGGUCGAACUGCCGCAAUUGAUUGUCUGUGGCAACCAAUCGAGUGGGAAGAGUUCGGUGCUCGAGGCGAUCUCACGGGUCCGGUUCCCAGCCAAGAGUAGUUGCUGUACGCGAUUCGCGACGGAAGUGAUUCUUCGUCGUAGCACGCAGCCCAAAAUUCAUGUGUCCAUUGAACCGGGGGCAUCGAGGACCAACGAAGCCGAACGCCAGAAACUGCGCAACUUCGCGCCACAGGGGUUUCCCAGCUGCGAGGAUCUGCCGAGGGUCAUUGAACAAGCGACAGAAUGUAUGGGCAUCCGCGAUGAAGACACCGUCAACUCCGGGUUUAGCGAUGACGUGUUGAAGGUCGCCAUCUCAGGCCCUGAUCAGCCGGAGUUGACUCUGGUCGACCUGCCGGGGCUAUACACCUCAACGAGUCGUGCGCAGGGGGCAAGGGGAAUCGAGAUCGUCCGAGGCUUGACGGAGAAGUACAUGAAGAACACGCGCACUAUCAUCCUGGCGGUGAUCAGUGCGAAAACCGAUUAUCAUCUACAGGAGGUACUCAACAUGGCAGAGCGAUUUGACAGCGAGCGCGAGCGAACGCUGGGUGUUAUCACGCAGCCGGACAUUCUCGAAGCCGGAUCGGAGGAGGAAAACAACUACCUGCAGUUCAUGCGGAAUGAGAAGAUCCACUUGCGACUCGGAUGGCAUGCGCUGCGGAACCGGUCCUUUGAAACACGCGAAAUGCCCGACGACGCGCGAGACGAGAUGGAAAGAAGCUUCUUCGAGCAGGGCCGGUGGGCGUCCCUGUCGCGUGACUCCGUGGGCGUCGAGAGUCUCCGGCGCCGGCUCAGCAGCGUUUUACUACAGCACAUUCGGCGCAAUCUGUCAGGUCUGAUCACGGAUAUCCAGGAUCGGAUAGUCGACCGCCAGCAGAGGUUGGCCAGGCUGGGACCUGCACGGUCGACCCUGCAGCAGCAACGAGGCUUUCUUCUCGCCAUCAGCAGCAGCUUCGAACGCAUCACCAGUCAAGCCCUGAAUGGGAUGUAUGCGGAUGCGUUCUUCGGCGAAUUAAGAGAUAAGACGCAGGAGUCUCAGGACUUCCGUCGGCUCCGAGCAGUGAUCCGUGAGCUGAAUGAAUGCUUUGCGGACGCCAUGAACACGCGGGGCUCUCGUCGGAUGGUCGUGGACGUGUUGAUGCAACGCGAUCACUUGCCACUGGAGAAGGGCAAAAUGUACAUGGACGAUUGGUCCCCCGAAUACAUCACGCGUGCGGCGCUGGAGAAAGAAAUCGGCGAACAGGCGCGCAAGAAUCGCGGGAUCGAGCUGCCAGGCAGUGCCAACCAGUGGCUUGUAGGCAGCCUGUUCCGAGAUCAGUCCAAACCCUGGGAGGACAUCGCUCGCUUACACUUAUUGAAUACCUGGGAGUCAGUGAAGUACUUUGUCCUGCUUCUCCUCCGGCAUCUCACGGAUGAAUCUACAUACACCCUCCUGGUGGGUACGGUUCUUGCCCCCCAGCUGGAGCGUCUGAAGGAUGAGUUGUUGAACAAACUUGGGGAGCUUACGGCGUACACGAAGCGCGGACAUCCCUUACCGGUGGGAAAGAGCUUUCUGUCGAAAAUUCAAGUCGCCCGCACAAACCGUCAGAUUGCGGCGCUGAGGAAGGGCCUUGGCCUUGCUCAUCCAAGUGCUGCACGAGAGAAUAAUUCGGAGUCAUUCAAUGCCGAUGAUCUAGUGUCGGCUGCUACCAGGAUUCAAUUGUCCAGCGAUCAAUUCGCAGUCGCAGAGAUCAUCGAUCAGAUGCAGGCAUACUACGAUAUGAGUAUUGUCACGUUCGUAGACAACAUCGCGACCCUUGGCAUUGAAAAUUGUCUUCUCUGGCCAUUGGAACAAAUCUUCACCAGUCAAACGGUCAAUAACAUGGACGACCAGCAGAUUCGCGAGCUGGCCGAGGAGGCGCCACAUAUUCAGCAUGACCGACAACGACUGAAUCAAGAGCUGAACCAGUUACAGGCCGGUUUGCGCACUUUCAACUUCUUUAAUACUGAGAGCCUCUCAUUCCAGCGGCCGUCUAUCUUUGUGAAGCCGGCCUUGAGACAGCCGUCUCGUUCGCAAGGCCUGGAUCCGACUGCUCGAUGCAAUAAGAGCGAGCCAAUGUCCAAAGGAGACUCGACUCCUAUAAAGAGUAGUCCUUCUCAGCCCUUGGCACCGAGCGACAACAGCAAUAGACACCCUGCAGCUUCUUCGAGUCCACUAUUUGGAGCACCCUCAAUUUUUACCAAGAGCAGUUCUUCUCAGCCUAUGGCAUCAAGCGAUAACAGUAACAGGACCACUGCAGCUUCAACGAGUUCACUAUUCGGAGCACCCUCAAUCUUUACCAAGAGCAGUUCUUCUCAGCCUAUGGCAUCAAGCGACAACAGUAACAGGACUACUGUAGCUUCUUCAACGAGUUCACUAUUCGGAGCAUCCUCGGUUUCUACCAAGAGCAGUUCUUCGCAGUCUAUAAUAUCGAGCGACAAUAGCGACAGGGACUUUACAGCCUUUUUAACAAGACCACUGUUCGGAGCACCCUCAGUUUCUACCAAGAGCAGCUCUUCUCAGCCUAUGGCAUCAAGCAACAAGAGCAACAGGACCACUGCACCUGCUUCAACGAGUUCACUAUUCGGAACAUCCUCAGUUUCUACCAAGAGCAGUCCUUCUCAGCCCAUAGUAUCAGGCGACAACAGCAACAGGAACACUCCAGCUUCUUCAACGCAUAAUCCGAGCCCGCUAUUUGGAGCAUCCUCAUCCGUCGGUCCUGGUCCUAUGUCCACCGGAGGUUCUGGUACUGGAAUUGACUCCAGUGCCACUAAUGCCAAGAAUGUAAAAUCUGCAUUUGGGCAACCAAGUGUUCCGACAUUUUCCACAUUAAAGACUCCCAUACCGUCAGACGGAUUAUUCGGCUCCUCAUCUUCUCAAGCAGAUGCCGCCAAAUCCUCGGGAGGACCAGGACAGGGUUGGUUUGGGAGACCCAGCGUCGCCCAACCUACCGGUGGUUUCAAUCUCGGAGGGUCCUGA